AUGGCAGAAUACCGAGCUGAGCUGAAGAAACUGGCAGAAAAUGUCAUGGAAGCCAUGGACGAAAACUUGGGCUUACCAAAAGGAUACAUCAAGAAAUCCUUCAAUGGCGAAGGAGACAAUGCCUUUUUCGGCACCAAGGUGAGCCACUACCCACCCUGCCCUCACCCUGAGAGGCUGAAUGGUCUUCGAGCUCACACAGAUGCCGGGGGAGUCAUUUUGCUCUUCCAAGAUGAUGAAGUGAAAGGCCUUCAAAUCCUCAAAGACGGGCAAUGGAUCGAUGUCCAGCCUCGAAGGAACGCCAUUGUCAUCAACACUGGGGACCAAGUUGAGGUGUUGAGCAAUGGUAGAUACAAGAGUGUUUGGCACCAGGUUUUGGCUAAUCCAGAUGAGAAAAGAAGAUCCAUUGCUUCAUUCUAUAAUCCUUCAUUGAAGGCCACCAUAGGUCCUGCACCAGAAUUGGUGGACAAGGUGAGCAAGGAGUUGGAUCAGACUUAUCCCAAGUUUGUGUUUGGUGAUUAUAUGAAUGUUUAUGCUGAGCAGAAGUUUCUCCCUAAGGAACCAAGGUUCCAAGCAGCUGUGAGGGCCAUGUAA